UGAGACCUCGUGUAAUGGAAACCCCGGGUUGGCCGCCAUUAUUGUUUUCGUACGCAGGAGGAGAAGUUGUGUUGUUUGCAGCAUUUGAGGAAUUAGUUAGAUAAGGUUCAUAAAAUGACUGGAAGAGCCAGAGGUCGCUCGAGGGGUAGAGGACGUUCUGGGCCCCCAUCGGAGGCACGCAGACCAGGCGGGGAUGAUUCUGGGGCAAGCCGUGGUAGGUCAAGAGGUGCUGCCCCUCCUGCACAAGCUACUGCACCCCCUCCGGCACAAGCUUCUGCACCCCCUCCAGCAGCAGCAGCAGCACCACCAACCCAAGCUAUGGCCCAGAUGACUGUAAGUGAAGGUGGUCGGCCAGAGAGAAGAAGAAUGAACAGGUACCAAGAGAUUGAAUGUCGACCACAGUGGUGUUCAGAUAAGCGUGGCACAUCUGGAAAGCCACUUCAGCUGGUGUCCAAUUAUUUCAAGUUGAACAGUAGUAAUCUAGAUGGCAUGGUGUACCAGUAUAAUGUCAGUUAUAGCCCAGAAGUUGAUAAUAAGAAAGUGAGAGUUGCCAUGAUCAAUGGACAAGGAGAAUUGCUGGGCAAACCUCGUGCUUUUGAUGGCAUGGUGUUGUUUAUGCCAAGAAAACUGCCUGAGACGGUCACUAAAGUUGUCACUCAUCGCAAGAGUGAUGAUGCGCCUGUCGAGAUCACAAUUACAUUGACCAAUGAGAUACCUCACAACAGUCCAUCAUGUCUGCAGCUUUACAACAUUAUUUUCCGAAGAAUUCUUUCCAUGAUGGACAUGAAACAAAUCCAAAGACAUUACUUCAAGCCUGAUUCACCAAUUCCCAUUCCAAAACAUCAUUUGGAAUUGUGGCCAGGUUUUAUCACCUCCAUUCUCCAAUAUGAGCAGAAUAUCAUGUUAUGUUGUGAAGUCUCGCACAAGGUUCUACGAAAGGAAACUGUUCUGGAGUUCCUUUAUGAUCUACAAGAGAAACUGGACAAGAGAAGAUUCUAUGAUGAAGCAACAAAGAAAGUUGUUGGAGAAAUUGUCUUGACCAGAUACAACAACAAGACUUACCGUGUUGAUGAUAUUAACUGGGAUGGACACCCUAAUGAUUCAUUUCAACUCUAUGAUGGAUCUUCUAUCACAUAUGCUGAGUAUUACAAAAAGCAAUACAACAAGGUUAUUCAAGACCCCCAUCAACCUUUGUUGGUAACAAAGCCAAAGAAGAAAUUUGGACCAGGUGGACAAAAAAUGGACGAUAGGCCAAUUCUUCUGUUGCCUGAGUUAUGUUACAUGACUGGUCUGUCUGAUGAAAUGAGAUCUGAUUUCCAUCUCAUGAAAGAUCUUGCAACUCACACCAGAGUUGGACCUCAGGAAAGAAACGACUCUUUGGCCAAAUUCAUGAGUGACAUGAAGGCGAAUACCCAAUGUGAAGAGGAAUUGAGUGGUUGGGGUCUUAAGUUUGAUUCGCAACUAUUGAAUAUGGACGGUCGUGUUUUGCCUCCCGAAGCGAUCAAGCAUAAGGAAGGUGGCAAAACUUACAACUACAAGCCAGCCGAAGCAGAAUGGAGUCGGGAGAUGCGUGGAAUGCCUCUUAGAUCAACUGUUCCCUUGGAUACCUGGAUGGUAUUAUUCACAACCCGUGACAGUGGGAUAGCCCAUGAUUUUCUUCAGACUUUGCAACGUGUUUGUGGUCCAAUGGGCAUCAAUGUCUCAAAGCCAAUGAUGUGUGAGCUUCGUGAUGAUAAAACAGAGACCUACCUCAGAACUAUGCAGGAGAAAAUGACUGACAGUGUUCGUAUGGUGACUUGUAUUCUGCCCACCAAUCGUAAAGAUCGUUACGAUGCUAUCAAGAAGUUCUGCUGUGUUUCCAGACCUGUUUCUUCCCAAGUGAUUGUUGCCAGAACUCUCUCAAAGAAGCAGAUGUUGAUGUCUGUUUGUACCAAGAUUGGCAUUCAACUUAAUUGCAAAUUGGGUGGAGAAGUCUGGGCAGUAGAUAUCCCAUUAAAGAAUCUGAUGGUCAUAGGCAUUGAUUGUUACCAUGAUUCACUCAGCAAAGGCAAAUCCAUCAGUGGCUUUGUAGCAAGUAUGAACCAAAGCUUGACCAAGUAUUAUUCACGAUGCACUUCCCAGCAUACUGGUCAAGAAUUGGUUGAUGGAAUUAAAGUGUGUGUCACAGGUGCUCUUCGUAAGUACAAUGAAGUCAACAAAACCCUUCCAGAUCGAAUCAUAGUUUUCAGGGAUGGUGUUGGUGAUGGUCAGUUAGCAGCUGUGUUUGAACAUGAGGUCAAGCAAUUCAUGGAAUGUUUCAAGACUGUCGGCUUCCAAGCACCACCAAAGUUUGGGUUUGUUGUGGUAAAGAAGCGAAUCAACUCCAGAUUUUUCAUGAAGAAUGGUCGCUUGCAGAACCCUCCUCCUGGUUCUGUUGUUGAUCAGUAUGUUACCCGCAAGGAGUGGUAUGAUUUCUUCCUUGUCAGUCAGUCCGUACGCCAAGGGACAGUAACACCUACACAUUAUAAUGUGAUUCACGACACAACUGGCUUGAAGCCUGAUCACAUGCAGCGUUUAACAUACAAACUGACCCACUUGUAUUACAAUUGGCCGGGUACAAUCAGGGUUCCAGCACCAUGUCAGUACGCUCACAAGUUGGCAUAUCUUGUUGGAACAUCAGUCCAUGAUGAACCUGACAUCAGUUUGGCUGACAGGCUGUACUAUCUGUAGAAAGAUGUUCCUUGGGCAAGCAGUUGGAAAGCAAAGUCCUAUUCAAAGAGAGUCUUGGUGGAGUGGUGUUUAGGAGAUCUAUUUCUCAUAUAUUUUGUUCUGUUAAAGUUGCUUUUGCACAUUUGCAAAAUGACCAAAGUCUCUUGAGAGAACUUGCAAUAAUGGUUUUGUGGAAGUUUGUAAACUCCAGGUUGUUGAAUUAUGGUUGGCUAAAGAUUGUCUUUUUUAAGUAAAGUUUGUUAUGAUCGCCUUUCCUGAUAAAAUUCAGCCAUUUAUAAGAACAUGUCAUCCAUAUUGCAUUUAACAUGCCAGAAACCUUGCCACCGUUGGUUUGUGUGUCCUGGAUUUUACAUAUAUUCAAAUACUUGCAGUAAAUUUUAUCUGGGUUUGAAAACAGCUACCAUCUUGUUGUGCGAGAGCGAUCUGUUGUGGUUUUUUAACGUUCUGUACAAAUUAGAUAUUUUAUGAAAUAUUUUCAAUGCCUAGUUUACUUGGUGACAUCCGACAAUACCCGUUAGAAAUACUACGGAACAUUAGCAUAAUCAGCGGGUGUGUUCUUGGGAACCAUUGCAAAAUGAAACUAGGCUGAGAAAAUUAAAUUAUUGUUCGCUCUCGAACGCGGUUUCAUUGUAUUUAGAGUAUUUUUGUUAAAAAGUAUUUGAAAUUAUUAAAUUUCUAAGAUGUU